AUGAAGUUACGAGAAUUCCGACUGGAGGUGGCCAAAGAAUUGUGUUGGUGUGGACCGUCAAUAAUAAAGAAGAGAGGAAGACCCUCCUCAUUUGUAUCUGACAUGCUUGAUGUAAGAAUCAAAAGGAAGCCAAAACUCAAUGUACCACCAAAAGAUGUCAAGACCGAUGGAAUGGAACACUUUCCUAUUUGGUCUAACAUUAGGAAGCGAUGGUUAACAUCUAACGUCAUCGCAGAAGUUUUGAAUGACUCCGAGUUCGAUUAUUCUGGAGAUGAUACGGAUAAAGAUCCAGAGUUUCAUCCACCAGAAAUCAAUCAAACUAUCCGUGAUCAUGCUCAAAGCGAAUCCAGUAGUUCGAGCGAGGAUGAAGAUGAUUUGGUUACUUCGGUGGCUUCUCCGACAGUGUCAGACAACUCAGACUCACCUUCAACUUCGUCAUACUUAUUACGAGCAAGAGGACGCGCAAGAAACAUUUCACAGGCAGAGUUGUGGUCGUAG